CCGCACCCCGCCUGCACCUUUCCUGUAGCCCCGCAGGAAGCAGCCCCGGCCGGGGCCCCGAGCGCGGCGGGACGCGCCCCGACGGCCGCCGGGUACCGAGAGCCCGCGGAGCGCACGGCCGCGGAGCGCGGGGAGCCCUGCCAAAGGGAGCGGGUGCCAAACCUGAAUUACCAGCCCAGAGAGCGGCUGUGGAGCCCGGCAGCUCCUGUGAUUUGCGGCAGGUUUUUCAGGUCCCCGCCUGUCAAACACACACGCAGAUACUUAAGCAGUCACCCGAGGACCUGCGGGGUUCUUGUUUUACACACUUCUGGUCCCUGCCAGCUGCAGUGCCUGGCCCCAUAGCCCUGCCCCAGGAGGAGAUGGCCAUGGAAAAGCCAGUGAUUCCCACUGAGGAGCAGCUGGAGGUCCUGGAAUACCACUUCUGCAAGGUGAAUAAGCAUCCUGACCCCACCACACUGUGCCUCAUCGCUGCUGAGACCGGGCUCUCCGAGGAGCAGACUCUGAAAUGGUUCAAGCAGCGCCUGGCGGAGUGGAGGAAGUCUGAAGGGCUGCCCUCAGAAAGCGGGUCUGUCAGGGACUAGAGGAUGCUGCUGCAAUCCCCUUGCCUCUUAUAAAGGAUGGUGAAGCUCUGCAGUGGGUUUUCUUGGGGCUCUUCUGUUGCAAUAGGUUUUGUGAUACAAAGUCAUACUCUGCUAUUUAACGUAAAUCUUAUUUAACAUGUACAUAACCAGAAAAAACCCACUAUAUAGAAAUAUAUAUAUAUAUAUACACA